ACUUUUCUAGAGAGUAGUUAGAGUUAACGGAGAGAGAGUGAGAGAGUGUAAACUUGAAGAGAAGACAAUAUAGGAUUUUAGGGCUAGGGUUUUUGAGAAUAGUUUGCUUUGUUUUUUUUAAUUCUGCAAUGGAAGAAAUUACGGAUGGCGUCAACAACAUGAUCAUGGCAGAUUCUCAAAAGAGGAACCGUAUUCAGGUCUCCAAUACCAAAAAGCCCCUUUUCUUCUACGUCAAUUUGGCGAAGAGAUACAUGCAACAAUACAAUGAGGUCGAGCUCUCAGCCUUAGGAAUGGCUAUUGCCACCGUUGUCACAAUUGCAGAAAUACUAAAGAACAAUGGACUGGCUCUUGAGAAGAAGAUUAUGACAUCGACUGUUGAUAUAAAGGAUGAUUCUAGAGGGAGACCUGUCCAAAAAGCCAAGAUUGAGAUAUUGCUUGGAAAGACAGCAAACUUUGAUGAAUUGAUGGCUGCUGCCGCAGAGGAGAAGGAAGCUAGAGAGGCUGCUGAGGAGCAGAGCUGAGUGAAGAUGUGACCUCAUAAGAACACCUCCCUUUCACAUUAUGCGUUUUAGAUCGAUUUAUUAACUAUAAUUUAUUUUGCCAAUUGUAUCAUCCAGCAUAGAUUAUGUUGCUACUAGCUUACACCCAAGUGUACUUCUUUUCACCAUAUUGGAACUAUUUUUUUUUUCCUUCAAACAUUUUUAGAUUCCAAAUCCGAAGCACUUAUUCUUGCUAUUUUUUUUUAAAAAAUUUAGUCGAAAUACCUAUGAUUAGUUUCA